CGCAAACCCCUCUCGCCUCCCCUCUCCCUAUCCAUCCCCCAAAUCCACACCCGCUCCUCCGCCUGCGCCUCCGCCACCGCCAUGGCGUCGCUUGCCUCGGCCUCGGCGUCCACCUCGCUGGUGUUCUCCACCUCCUCCUCCAAGCCGCGGCUGCAGCCGUCCGGGUCCCUCGGCUUCCCCCCGUCCUCCUCGCCCGCGGCGCGGUUCAGGCGGACGGCGGCGGCGGCGGCGGCCAGGGGCGCCGGGCGGCGCGCGGGGCUGCUGGUGGUGCGCGCCGCGAGGGGGAAGUUCGAGCGGACCAAGCCGCACGUCAACAUCGGCACCAUCGGCCACGUCGACCACGGGAAGACGACCCUCACGGCGGCGCUCACCAUGGUGCUCGCCUCCGUCGGCGGGAGCGCGCCCAAGAAGUACGACGAGAUCGACGCCGCGCCCGAGGAGCGCGCCCGCGGCAUCACCAUCAACACCGCCACCGUCGAGUACGAGACCGAGACCCGCCACUACGCGCACGUCGACUGCCCCGGCCACGCCGACUACGUCAAGAACAUGAUUACCGGCGCCGCCCAGAUGGACGGCGCCAUCCUCGUCGUCUCCGGCGCCGACGGGCCCAUGCCGCAGACCAAGGAGCACAUCCUGCUCGCCAAGCAGGUCGGUGUCCCCAGGAUUGUUGUCUUCCUCAACAAGAAGGACCAGGUCGACGACGAGGAGCUGCUCCAGCUCGUCGAGCUCGAGGUUCGCGACCUGCUCUCUUCCUACGAGUACGACGGCGACGACGUGCCCAUCGUCGCUGGCUCCGCCCUCAAAGCGCUCGAGGCCCUCAUGGCCAACCCUGCCAUUAAGCGUGGCGACGACGAGUGGGUGGACGGGAUCUUCUCCUUGAUUGAUUCCGUGGAUUCCUACAUCCCAGUUCCGCAGCGGCAGACUGACCUCCCAUUCUUGCUCGCCGUUGAGGAUGUGUUCUCCAUCACGGGUCGUGGUACCGUUGCCACUGGCCGUAUCGAGCGUGGCACUGUCAAGGUUGGGGACACCGUCGAUAUCGUCGGUAUCAGGGAGACUCGCAACACCACAGUGACCGGUGUUGAGAUGUUCCAGAAGACCAUGGAUGAUGCCAUGGCUGGGGACAAUGUCGGCCUGCUGCUCCGUGGUAUGCAGAAGGAUGAUAUUGAGAGAGGCAUGGUGCUUGCAAAGCCAGCCUCCAUCACACCGCACACCCAGUUUGAUGCGGUUGUGUAUGUUCUGAAGAAAGAUGAGGGCGGACGGCACUCACCGUUCUUCCCUGGUUACCGCCCUCAGUUCUACAUGCGUACUACUGAUGUGACGGGGAAUGUUACAAAGAUUAUGAACGACAAGGAUGAGGAGGCGAAGAUGUGCAUGCCUGGUGACCGUGUCAAGAUGGUUGUGGAGCUCAUCCAGCCUGUCGCUUGUGAGCAGGGGAUGAGGUUUGCCAUCCGUGAGGGUGGAAAGACCGUCGGUGCCGGUGUCAUCAAUACGAUCUUGAAGUAAACUGGAUGGAGCAUAUCCACCAUGAGAAUUUUCCUUGUUUACUCUUUGCGAAAUGCUCUGUAGUUGUUAUUAUGCGUUGAGUUUUAGGGGUUGCUCAUGUGAAAUUGUAGUAUGGCACUUUUCUCUUCAAGUGAAUUUGCAUACUUUGUGAUAUUCACGGCAAAGAUACAUCUGUUUGCAGAUUUGGCUAUGAAAUGUCAUCUACUGUCAUGUGUUCAAUUGUUCA